AAUGCAACAACAAUGGCAAGCAAGCCUGAGCUCCAGGCUCGCUUCCAUGGCCCAGACCUGCCUCUCCAUGAAACAACUCAAGCAAAUCCACGCCCGCGCAAUCGUUUCCGACCUCCACAACCACGCCGUCGUCCUCGGAAAGAUGUUCCGCUUCGCUGCAGUCUCACCCGCGGGUGACUUAAACUAUGCCCAUCAGUUGUUCGACCAAAUGCCUCAACCAACCACUUUCUUCUACAACCUCCUCGUCCGGGGUCACUCCCAAAGCUCGUCGCCGUGGCAGUCGAUUCGUUUAUUCAACCGUAUGAGACUGAACUCGAUCGACCCAGAUGGGUUCACCUUCACGUUUUUGCUCAAAUCGCGUUCGAGGAUGAAUGUGAGUAUGGAGGGUGAUGAGAUACAUGGGGCCGCGUUGAAGUGUGGGUUUUCUUUGCAUUUGUAUGUGCAGAAUUCGUUGAUUCAUUUGUAUGCUGGGAGGGGGAUUCCCGGUGCGGCUAGGAGAGUGUUCGAUGAGGCUGUGGCUACUGAUGUUGUGUCGUGGUCGGGUUUGGUUAUUGCUCAUGUGAGGGCUAAUGAGUUGGAUUCGGCGAGGCGGGUGUUUGAUGCAAUGCCCGAGAGGGAUGUUGUUUCGUGGACCGCUAUGAUAUCUGCGUAUUCACAAGGGAAGUGUUCGAGGGAAGCGCUCGAGUUGUUUUGGGAGAUGAAUCGUAAGGGUGUGCUGCCGGAUGAGGUGACAUUGGUGAGUGUGAUAUCAGCUUGUACUGAUUUAGGAGAUGUUCAGACGGGGGUAAGCAUCCACCGAUUUAUUGAGGAGAAUGGAUUUGCUUGGAUGGUUUCGCUUUGCAAUGCGCUGAUUGAUAUGUAUGCAAAGUGUGGAUGCAUGGACCAAGCAUGGCAACUAUUUGAUGGCAUGAACCGGAAGAGCUUCGUGACUUGGAAUACUAUGAUCUCGGCAUGUGCAAACCAUGGCAAUGCAGAUGAUGCAUUUUGGUUGUUUGAAUGUAUGGUUAGUGCUGGUUUUCCACCUGAUGGGAUCACAUUCUUGGCCCUUUUAGUUGCUUAUACACACAAGGGACUGGUAGAUGAAGGGCUCAGACUUUUUGAACGAAUGCAAAGGGAGUACAGAAUCGAGGCUCGCAUGGAGCAUUACGGGUGUGUCGCAGAUAUGUUAGGCAAGGCAGGGAGAUUGGAGGAGGCAUACCAACUAAUUAGUAGUAUGCCGAUUCCGGACAAUGAUGUUGUUUGGGGAAUACUGCUUGCAGCUUGCAGAACUUAUGGCAAUGUUGAUAUGGGUGAAAGGAUUGUAAAGAGGCUAGUAGAGCUGAAACCGGAUGAAGGUGGGUACUAUAUUCUCCUUCGUGAUAUUUAUGUUGCAGCAGGAAGGACGGCAGAAGCUAAUGAUAUGAGGCAGGCAAUGAUGGAUAGUGGUGCUAGUAAGACUCCCGGACGAAGUUGGGUUGGAACAUAAGGCUUACCUCCAAUGCUUCCGCAGAAUUGCCCAUACAGAGCUCCUGCAUUGAUUGUCAUGGAGCUUAGAGACCAAGAGGGAAACUGGAUUAAACGGCAGCUGAAAUGGCAAACUGAAGACCGGGGAUAUUCAGAAAAUACACCAAAUUCUGGGACUUUACAAUCAAACAGCAGAAGCAACUCAGGAUGCUUUGGUCUUUAUACCUUUCAGUGCAGAGCUAGAUGACAUGCAGCCAAGUCGAAAGAGUUGACGUUUGCUAGCCAAAAUAACUAUUGCCAGGAAGAGAUUACAUUUAGCUAUUGAAGUGUCAUAUGGUGUUUAUCAAUCUUCAGGGGUCAGCCAUUCCAAAUGGAGAUUAUGACCUAAUUUAUGAACAAACUAUGGGGAGGGUUGAACUAUACUGGGGAAACCCCGCAAAUAGUGUACUAAGGUCUAAAUUUUCAAUAAGGCACCUCAAAUUGAUUCUUAAAAAUUUAGCAACGCAGCAAAAAAUUG